AUGUCUCCUGAGCGUCUUCCCAUCGCGUCUGUGCGGGCCUGGGGCACCAACAUGCAAGACCAGCGGGAGCUGAGGGGCACACCUGGCCAGGGGCUCCCUGUCUGCGCCUUUCUGAGUGACCUCCCAGAGCAAGCAGGCGGGGGUUCCCUCCGCCAGGUUUCUAAAGACCUCGGUGCACCUGGGAGGCAGAGCGGUGACGCUGUGGAGUGGGCGAGGCCCCACUCCACCCUUCCCCCGCUGGAUGGGGAAGCCAGGAUCUCUGGGGAUAGCUUUGAGGGCUUGUCUACCAGCACCGCCAGGGGUCCAGACCCAGGGGAACACAGCGGCGCCUGGGGGGAGUUUGAAGGCUUUCGAGAAUCCUCAGCUAGCUCUGAACAAUUCUCUCAGUCCUUUGAGCUCCAGGAGAGGCCCUCAGCCUCUCAGCCGUGGAGAACAGCUUCUGCCCAAAAGGAGCACGGUUCUAGCCAGCGUCACCAGGGUGGAGUGACAGGAACCGGCGCCAUCGCCUCUUCUGAGCCCAUUGUCAGCUGUGAGGAUGUUUUCAGGUCUGCUUUUCAAGAAGUACCAGUCCCACAGGCCACCGAGGGCAUCUCCACCUUAGACCACUUCUUAGAAACAAGGAAUGAAGAAAAAUCUGGCCUUGACUCCGUGCAUAAACUGUGUUCUGAAUCUAGAAAACUCUGGAGGGCUCUUCACAACACUGGGACCACGACAAUCUCCCGAUGCGUCUGGAACGAGUCCCGCAGUCGGGAACACUUCCUUCCUGUUCUUGGAGUAGACGCUGCUCAGAAGAGCCUCUCAGCGAGCCCUGGCCGCACUCUGGGCGAGCCUGGCCUCCACGAACCGGAAGAGCUCGGCUUCCGCCUGCAGCGCUGCAGGGCCCUGAUCCAGACCAAGCUCUCGGGGACGCCGGGUGGCGGACAGGGCAGCCUGAUCACCUACAGCCUCUUCCUGAAGGCCCCUGUACACGGACAUGGGCAGUACAUCACGAUUCCAAGGAAAAAGAAGAUUUUCAGUCCUCGUAGCCUAAAACUGACAUUGUUUAAUAGUGACAUUUGCUAA